AUAGCCGACUGUCAAGUUAGCGUGGAAAAACAAGUUAAACAGUCUUGGAUUAAUCCUUCCAAAGAAUUCGAUAUAGAUCCGCCGCUGCGGCAGCCUCAUCCCGCCGUAACACAUGCUUCUGUCUUCACCCCUCUCCGGUUUUCUACCCGGAAAGCACUUUCAUAUCUCCAUUGAUCGGUGACAUUAUUCUACUCUAUCCAUACAUUCAGAUCUUGUUUGUUGGGUAGCCAACCGACUGCGAGACUCCAAUUCUGUCGGCUUCAACGUACCCAUUCUUCAACUCGCCGCGGCUGUGGGGUAAAGUAUUCAAUCUUAUCGGAACCGUCGCAAGGCACAAGUACUACCGUCGUCCCACUCUCCCCGACUUAUACACCUCAAAUCCCUUUUUAGGAACAAUCUAUGGCCGAUUGUAUAUUGUCUCCAUUCCGAUCCUCAUGAACCAGGACUCAUCUUUCGCCCAGGAUGGGUCGCCAGUCAAUGGUGCCACAAAAAACCCCUCCGCAUCCAACGUCCCCCGCACUCUCGAAGAAGUAGCCAUUGAGCUUCGAACAAAGGUGUUCGAUUUGUUGGAACUGCAGACAAACGAUGAACUAUUACAGAAUCUGCAGAAACAGAUUCGUAUAUCAAUAGAAGUGAUCGAAGAGUCGUUUAGGCGGUAUCGACCCGAAGAAUUGUCGCUCUCAUAUAACGGCGGAAAAGAUUGUCUCGUCUUGCUAGUCCUGAUCUUAGUCUGCCUCCCUUCGUCGACAUCGACAUUUUCGAAAUUCCCGGAACGCUUACAGUCGAUAUUUAUAAUCCCAUAUGACUCAUUCCCCGAAGUCGAGGAGUUUGUCGCAACUUCCACCAGAGAGUAUUUUCUUGAUUUGACUCGUUAUGUGCUCCCUAUGCGGCCUGCACUGGAACUUUAUCUGAAGGAGAGGCCGAAUAUUAAAGCUAUAUGGAUUGGCACGAGACGAGUUGACCCGAACGGUGGGCAACUUACGCAUUUUGAUUAUACAGAUAAAGGAUGGCCUCAGUUUAUGCGGAUACAUCCUGUUAUUGAUUGGCAUUAUGCAGAGAUUUGGGCUGUAAGUGAUUUUCUUUUGCUUCAAGGACCCCCGGCUAAUUAGAAGCAGUUCAUCCGCCAUCUGGGUUUAGAUUACUGUCCUUUAUAUGAUAGAGGCUUCACCUCGCUCGGAGGUGUUAGCGACACCCAACCGAACCCUGCCCUCGCAGUCGCAAAUGAUCCAACACAAUUCCGACCUGCCUACGAGCUCAAAGAAGAUAACGAAGAGCGUCUUGGCCGUGACCGAUAAUAAGCGAGCGUCUCUUCAGAAGCUCGCUCUAUGUAUACAUAACGGGUACAUUGGUGGGUGCAUAUUUCCAUGGUGAUUUGGCACAUCCGGCUUGGUGUAGAGGGAGAGGUGGAAUAUACUCCAAGCGCGAUUGACAGGACGAGGUAUUGGAUUCAGAACGGAAAGGUUACCUUCCGGUAUAGAGGGUCAAAUUAUAACAAGAGUAUAUGAUAGAUAUUUGUGACUUCUCUUAAUCUUGUAAGAGCCGAUUGUUCAUAACUGCGUCCUCGAGCCACGUGUAGGGUCGGAAUUGAGUGAGGCAGGAAAUGUCUGGGAGUUCUAUGGUGCUCGGACAACAUGCGUCGCAGAAUACUUCCGGACAUAAUGCAAUCAAAUUCAAUCAAUCAACUUGAAGGACGCAAAGCAAUUAUCAGGAU